GCCCAGAUGUAAACGAAGACACUACGGCAAUUGCGUUAGACUACGCCGCACAGGUGGUCAGCCUCCUAGUAUUCUAUUGGGGUCAUAUGCUGUCACAUCUAACAACACGUACUGGGGCCGCAGCCUGGUUAAAGACCCAAUUCCUAGCUUGCAUGGGCCUCGGGUGUUCCCUCUCUUUUCCAAAGGUGUGGACAUAUACUGAGUACGCCGUGUUCCUUCCGAACAAGGUCAUUGAAAGCUCAUGACAGAGCACAACUUGUAAGCCCUGAACAUGCGACACACGCUGCCAAAUCUCAAAAACCUUCUUUUGACCCUCACCACUACCACCAACGCUGGGGAAGGCAACUCCACCCUGCAGACAGUGCAGCAAACGGGACCAUCCCGAAAUUUACGGUCGAUACAAGCAAUAGCUGGAAGCAUCGACGUCAGCAACCCUGUCCCUGCAUCAACAUCAUAUGGAGCUGAAUCCCCUACACCAAGACGGACAUCCUUUCCCCCAAUCACCCUCCCCAGAUUUUGGAAAACCCGUAAUAUGCGGCCAGUUUCGACGUUUGUUAAGUCCACUCUACCUGCCAUGUCAGAAGACGUGGACAUACCUGCAGACGUGGGGAGCAACAGUGCCACAGUGCGCUCACUGCACCUCUCGAAACCUUCUGGAGUACAGUCAACGGACACAGGUCCGGAUGCCUCUGAAGGUGCGACCGUGGAAACGGAAGGGUUUCCUGAGUCAGUGCCUCCGCCUCUUGAUGGCUUGGCAGAUGUUGUGAUUUCAUCCGCUUCAACGCAUGAGCAAGAGUCGACAUUGGAGUCUCUGAAGGAGCAGAGCAGCAAUUGGCUCACAACUGGUCUGAGUGCCAGUACCCGAGGGUUAUUUGGUGGCGGGUCACCUGCGAAAAGCAAUCAGAGAGGCCCUGGAAGACCACCGACCGUCCCCAAGUCCGGUCCCAACUCCAAUGGGCAUGGUAACAGCCAAGCCAAGGAGACUACUAUCCGCACAGACCUACCACUCAUGGACGCGAACCUACAGUCCAUCCCCGCUUCACAAUGAUGUUGUUGAUAUCUUAAUACAUGCACUCUAAUCGAUCAGCCUGACAUAAUUUCAUAACAAUCG